ACAAGGGGCGGUCCCUAGUGUACCUGCGCCGGGGCACGGAGGGGCGGGCGUCAGUUCCGCGCGGGGCUAUCGGGGAACCAUGGCUGCCCCGAGAGACAAUGUCACUUUAUUAUUCAAGUUAUACUGCUUGGCAGUGAUGACCGUGACGGCUGCAGCCUAUACCAUAGCUUUAAGAUACACAAGGACAUCAGACAAAGAACUCUACUUUUCAACCACAGCCGUGUGUAUCACAGAAGUUAUAAAGUUAUUGCUAAGUGUGGGAAUUUUAGCUAAAGAAACUGGUAGUCUGGGUAGAUUCAAAGCAUCUUUAAGAGAAAAUGUCUUGGGGAGCCCCAAGGAACUGUUGAAGUUAAGUGUGCCAUCAUUAGUGUAUGCUGUUCAGAACAACAUGGCUUUCCUAGCUCUUAGCAAUCUGGAUGCAGCAGUGUACCAGGUGACCUACCAGUUAAAGAUUCCGUGUACUGCUUUAUGCACUGUUUUAAUGUUAAACCGGACACUCAGCAAAUUACAGUGGGUUUCAGUUUUUAUGCUGUGUGCUGGAGUCACGCUUGUACAGUGGAAACCAGCCCAAGCUACAAAAGUUGUGGUGGAACAAAAUCCAUUAUUAGGGUUUGGUGCUAUAGCUAUUGCUGUAUUGUGCUCAGGAUUUGCAGGUGUAUAUUUUGAAAAAGUUUUAAAGAGUUCAGAUACUUCUCUUUGGGUGAGAAACAUUCAAAUGUAUCUAUCAGGGAUUAUUGUGACAUUAGUUGGCGUCUACUUGUCAGAUGGAGCUGAAAUUAAAGAAAAAGGAUUUUUCUAUGGUUACACAUAUUAUGUCUGGUUUGUCAUCUUUCUUGCAAGUGUUGGUGGCCUCUACACUUCUGUUGUGGUUAAGUACACAGACAACAUCAUGAAAGGCUUUUCUGCAGCGGCGGCCAUUGUCCUUUCCACCAUUGCUUCAGUAAUGCUGUUUGGAUUACAGAUAACACUCACCUUUGCCCUGGGUACUCUUCUUGUAUGUGUUUCCAUAUAUCUCUAUGGAUUACCCAGACAAGACACUACAUCCAUCCAUCAAGGAGAAACAGCUUCAAAGGAGAGAGUUAUUGGUGUGUGAUUUUAGCCUCAUGUGAGACUCCUGUUAAGACUAAACCAUUUGCAUUAAACUAGAGCCUUAAGUCAAUUCCAGAAGGUAGCAUAAACAAAUAAAAAAUUAACUAUAUGGCAUAAGAAUUAAGAUCAGUGCUGUAUGUGGAAACAACAACAAACAAAGCUAUCGGAGUGAACUGCUAAUACAGAAACUUAAUGUGGACCUGUUUGGGGUCAAACUAUUGUUUUAGAAGGAAGGAAUUUUAUUAUUGUGUAUAUAUAUAAUUUGUACAUAAGAAGUAUGGAGAUGAUACGGUGUUAAAAAAAAAAUCAUGGUGAGGCUACAAUACUCAAGUAACAAGGUUUGGGACAAUGUCUAAGGGUUAAAGUGCCAAAGCCAUUUCUGUACUAACUGUUCUCUUGUUCAGGUACCAGGGGAGAAGGAUGACCCCCUCCUUAUUCUCCAAUUCAUGUACAGUAUUUUGUCCUAGCAGCAGUAAAGACCUAGUCCUUUUCUUACAAGAGGCAGAAACAAGACAGACUAGUUCAUCAACAAACCGAAUGUGUAACUUCUCAAAAUGAAUCUAUUUCAUAACUCAGAUGAUUUCUCAGUGGUGAUUGAGUACCCCUUUAGUGCUAUAUUUGUGCCAUUCAUUAUCUGGUUCAUAUUUCUUUGCUGUUAGAUGAUGUACUUUUCUUCAAAAAAAUUUCUAAUGUCACUUUUGUACUUUUUUAAAUAAAGUAUGUUUAACUGUUGGACUCUCAAUAAUUUGUGAAAUUUCAGCGUUUUCUGUAAUGUUAAUGGGGAAAUUCAGCAAUAAACUUUAUAUG